GUGAGUUGUUUUGCGACCUCACAGGUGUCCAAGCAAGUCAGGCAGAGGUGGAGGUUCGGUGUGUCACCUUCCUCCACCACAGUGCGGGCAGAAGCAGCGCCUGCAGCGAGGCUCUUGGGCGAGGUAUAGCUUCCAAUGGAACGCAAGAAAUGGAACUUGUCUCUGCAUGCGAGAGAGCUGCAACUGUGCAGUCUACAACAGAUGCUGUAGCCUCUCACGAGACGCAGUGCAAGAGCGUGAAGGCUCGACGGCUGGCAGCCAUGACCUGGUUGGUGACCUACCAGGUCUUGAUUAGUUUCGAGCCCUUCUCCGUGAGCCGCGUGGUGGUCGACUCGGCGCUUCGCCCAAGCUGUGAGCAUGGUUCGAUUCUGGCAAUGCUUGGAACGGAGGAGACCUUGUUAGUGUGCCAGGGCUGCUCGAGUGGAGUGGAGCCCUCGACGGCAACGCGAUGGACCUACCUCUGCAGCCUGGAGUACUUUGGCAACGUGCCACAGCCGCGAGUGAGUGCCGGCAGUACCAGCAUCGAGGUGCCGGUGGACCAUCCGCUUGGUAAUUUCACCCACCUGGCGAUCUUCACACAAAGUGUCGUGGCCAGCGUGUCCUCGGUGGCUUUCCCAGAUGAGGAUCUGGAUGCUGCAGAAAUUGGCGGCAAAAUCCGAUGGGUGGCUACGGCGGCAAAAUCUGAACGAGUCUUGUGA